UCAGUUCUCACCUGUGCUAUUAUCAAAGGCUAUUAAUUACAAACAAAUUUAUAAAAGAAAUAAGAAACAAUACAAUAUUCCUUACUUUUAACUUUGUGCAAAAGUCAAAAGCCACAUUAUUCAGUUAUAAUAUUAUAUUUAAGUUAGUUAUAAACAAUUAUCGAUACUUUUAAACAUAACAUUAUUUGGGUAGCACAAUGAUCACAAAUUAUUUAUAUAACAUAGUAAAAAACGGCUGAUCAAUGAAAGAUUAGCCUAUUUAUUACAUUUUUGUAUCCAAAAUUAAAGAAGAUACACAAAUCCAGCAAGCUCAAAAGAGGAUUAUGGAAUCUUUAGAAGAUGUGGCUGCAAUGCUCUCACACGAUGAACUUUUAGAAGUAACGAGAUCAUCCCUUUGUACGUUAAUUAGUUGCGACUCUUUGUUGAGUGAUCUACCAUUAGACGUUAUAACGGAAGAAAUAUUGUUAUUGACUGCAGCUGAACAUGGGCAAAGUAUAACUAUCUUCAUUUCCAGAGAGAAUGAACCAAAGCUCAAAGUAAUUGUUCCACAAACAGCAAAGGUUCGGGAUCUAAAGAAAUCUAUUGCAAGACAUUUUGAAAUAUUUCAACAAAGAAUCGGAAGUAAAGUAAAAAUAUCUUGGAAGUACAUCUGGAAGACGUACAAUCUAGAUUUUGAUGGAAUAUUACUUGAUGAUGAUAACAGUAGUAUAGAUAACUAUGGAGUUUGCAAUAAGGUUACUUUAAAUUUUAAGAAAAAAAGGAAAAAGAAUAAACCAUUAUAAUAUUA